GAAGAAUCUAUGGAGCCACGAAGGUCAUUUUCCAGUUUUGUCACCACGUGAAUGAAUUGCUUGCUUCGGCCGGCCAAAAACUGUAACCCUCCACCAGCCGAAUCUCCACCUUCCCCAUCCGCCAUUUGAUUCCCCCACUUCCCCUGUUUUGUCGACCACACACACACCGCUCUCCCUCUACAAAUACUGCUGUCCUUGGAAAACAGAGCAUAUCACUUAUUGAGCCCAGGAAGAAACAGAGGAAGAAACAGAGUGAAGGGAAAAAAGAGAGGAGAGGGAUCGAAAAUGGAAGUUAUCAUGACGAACAGGAUCGUUGUGACCAAGACCCACAUCGACGGCGCCCCUAAAGAGACGGACUUUGAGGUCAAAUCCCAAGUUCUGGCUCAGUCGGCCCAGCCGGCCGGCUCCGUCAUCGUCAAGAACUUGUACGUGUCGGUGGACCCUUACCAGCUCAACCGCAUGAAGAGCGACAGCUCCUCUCAGAGCUACAGCUUCUUGGCCGCCGGCAUUGGUCCUGGAGAGGAAAUCGAUUGUUAUGGAGUUGGCAAGGUUGUGGCUUCAGGGAACCCUGAGUUUCAGGAAGGUGACUUGGUGGCAGGAUUACUGACAUGGGGAGAAUACAGUGUGUUGAAGCCAGGAUCCAUGUUCAGGAAAUUGGACGCCAUGGGAUUCCCUCUGUCGAACCACAUAGGAGCUUUAGCAUUCAGUGGUCUGACUGCGUACGCAGGGCUGUUCGAGGUGGGGAAGGCCAAGAAAGGGGAUAGAGUGUUCGUCUCAACAGCUUCUGGUUCAGUUGGACAUUUGGUUGGGCAGUUUGCUAAGCUCCAUGGCUGCUAUGUGGUUGGCAGUGCUGGGAGCAAAGCUAAAGUGGAAUUGCUGAAAGAAAAACUGGGUUUUGAUGAUGCAUUCAACUACAAGGAUGCAACUGACCUCAGGGCAACUCUGAAGAAGUAUUUUCCGGAUGGGAUCGACGUGUACUUCGACAACGUAGGCGGAGAGAUGCUGGAGGCAGCAAUCGACAACAUGAACGCAUUCGGCAGGGUAGCAGUCUGCGGUGUGAUCUCCGAGUACACGGGCACCGGAAGAAGGGCUGCUCCCAACAUGGUGGAUGUAAUCUACAAGAGAUUGACAAUCAGAGGGUUCCUAGCAAACGAUUUCAUGCCCGUCUUCCCCGAGUUCAUCUCGAAAGCCUGCGAGCACAUGGGUUCGGGGAAGAUGGUGUCCAUUGAAGACAUCUCCGUUGGGUUAGACAGCAUUCCUUCUGCAUUUGUCGAUCUCUUCACUGGCGGUAAUGUGGGGAAGAAGAUUGUCCAGAUUGCACAAGAGUGACUAAACUUCUAGCAUGGCCAGGGGAAGAAAGGAAUCCCUUCUUUUACCAAAAUCCAUUUUGAUAUGGUUUUUCCAAGUACGGGUUACUAAAAGUCUGAGGUUAUCUUUAUUAUGGCCCAUACCCAAUGUGGGAGGAAUGAGACUGAGUUUUGGGCAGAUAGGCCCCCUAUCUGUAUUGUAAAUCAGCUCAUUUCUGAUACCUGUAAUAUUUCGCAUUAAUGAAAUAAUACAGGUCUUUACAAUAAAAUAAAAAAGUCCAAGAUUAUCAAC